CAGUGACAGCUUUUGUACCUUUAUUUCUGUGUGUGUACUUUCGUUUUAUCUGAAUAAACCCCACCUCAUUUACGUGAACAACGAAGCGCUGAAACUUAGUCUCGACAGGUUUACAAUAACAAAAUAAAAUAAUUAAAUAAAUAAAAAUAACAGUUAAUCAUCUACAUUUGUGGGUUUGGGGUUAUCCACAAAAAUGAGCGAGGAUCACGAAGGAGAGCAGCGGGAGAAAUGCAAAGAGGUCAUGUUUGUGGAUAAAAACUCUGCAAAACUUAUUCAAAAGGUUACUUCAGUGAUGCCAAUAGCAGAUGAACUAAAAAACAAGGGCAUGAUACAUCCUGAAAAAUAUGAUGAGAUCGAAGCAAAAGAAACAGACCAGGAAAAAAUGAGAAAAAUCUUUGAAUCAUUUAAGUCUGGGGGUGACACUGCCAAAAGCGCCUUUUAUUAUUUGCUGGAAGAGCAUGAAGAACAACUCUUCAAAGACCUGGGUGGUGUCAGCAGGAAACGCAAGCUUGCUGAUCCUGAAUGCUCAGUACCAUGUAAAAGACUUAAUACUAAUACUAUGGAACAAGACAACCCUAACUAUAACAUUGCUAGUAACUCAGCACCAAGACCAGCACCAACAUACUUUGUGACAACCAACAUAGUAAAUGAAAGACCUCCUCAUAACCUGAACAAUAUUCCCAUCAUGAAUGAAAUGAAGCCCCCUGCAUCCAAAAAAGAGAAGAACCUCCCAGCAUUGAAGAAAGAGAAAAAAACUCCUGCACCAGAGAAAGAGAAGAAGCCUCCUGUACCCAAGAAAGAGAAGAAACCUCCUGCAGCCAACAAAGAGAAGAAACCUCCCGCAGCCAAGAAGAAGAAACCUCCCGCAGCCAAGAAGGAGAAGAAACCUCCCGCAGCCAAGAAAGAGAUGAAACCUCCCGCAGCCAAGAAGGCGAAGAAACCUCCUGCAGCCAAGGAGAAGAAACCUCCCGCAGCCAAGAAGGAGAAGAAACCUCCCGCAGCCAAGAAGGAGAAGAAACCUCCCGCAGCCAAGAAAGAGAUGAAACCUCCCCGCAGCCAAGAAGGCGAAGAAACCUCCUGCAGCCAAGGAGAAGAAACCUCCCGCACCCAAGAAAGAGAAGAAACCUCCCGCAGCCAAGGAGAAGAAACCUCCCGCAGCCAAGAAGGUGAAGAAACCUCCCGCACCCAAGAAGGCGAAGAAACCUCCCGCACCCAAGAAGGCGAAGAAACCUCCCGCACCCAAGAAGGCGAAGAAAUCUCCCGCACCCAAGAAAGCGAAGUAACCUCCCGCACCCAAGAAAGAGAAGAAACCUCCCGCACCCAAGAAAGAGAAGAAACCUCCCGCACCCAAGAAAGCGAAGUAACCUCCCACAGCCAAGAAAGAGAAGAAACCUCCCGCACCCAAGAAAGCGAAGUAACCUCCCGCACCCAAGAAAGCGAAGUAACCUCCAACAGCCAAGAAGGCGAAGAAACCUCCCGCACCCAAGAAAGAGAAGAAACCUCCCGCACCCAAGAAGGCGAAGAAACCUCCCGCGCCCAAGAACCAAAUUUUUUGGUUCAUUUAAAAACUCUAGAAUAGAUCUGCCUCAAUAUGUGUUUUAAAAUCUAUGCAUCACUUGGUAUUGUUGUGCUGUUCUUACCGAACUAUAACUCUUGUUAAUUUUACUUAAAGCUUUCAUUUCAAUGUUUUUUUUUUCUUGAUAAAGAAAAUGCUUAUAAAUUACCCCCAUAAAUAUCCAUUAGCCCCUUGACAUAAUACAGUCAUUUUGUUGGUGUUGGAUGGGGACAGAGUGAACUUUAAUUAAUUUUGCAUGCUCCCCAUAACCAUUAUAUAUGACCUAUUAAAUAAUAGUAGACUAUAACUUAUGGUUAUUAAAAGAAAUAUUAAACGUAGUAACAGAUAA